AGAGGGAGCUAAGGAGCAUCCAAAGAGGCAGACGAGAAUCAAACAUUCAGGGAAACUCGCGUCUUCUCUGCCGCGCAUGGCACUCAGGUAUACGCAAGUGAUUUUUCUGCUGAGGUAACGAGGUGUGUGUGCGCGCUAUUUCAUAACAUAACUCUCGUCUCUUAUCAUUGUGUUUCGUAUGGCAUGGCGAAAAUCGUCUGCCGCACGAGGAAGCUGUGGUUGAGCGCGAGAUCGCGUUUUGUGGAGUGUGCGUUCCGUUUGCUGGGUGGCCGCCCCUACGUUCGCUUACAUUGAGGACUAUAGCGUGCUUGAAAUGGCGGAGCAAGUACAGGGCGGCGGCGAGGAGGGCGCCAUGGCCGCCCCUGAAGAGGACAGGUCGCCCGAAUUGGCGUUCUCUUUUAUGGAUAAGGUGCGAUUUAUGAUGUAUGGUGAGCAGGAAAAGGAAGCUUUUCUUAUCGAGAAAAAAGAAAAGGAGGAAAAGAAGAAAGGUAUGCGAACCCGAGCCCUGUCAUUGCACCAACAGGGUUGGUCCUGGACAAAGAUUGCUACCGAGCUUGGCUGCCACCGGACCACUGUGAUGCGCCUGGUACACAAGUGGCAGCAGACCGGUUGCAUUGCCGAUCUGCCUCACAGAAGAAGGCCCCGUGCCCUCACCCAACACCAUCCUCAACAACAGCAAGUCCACAAUGGAGAGGAUCAACAACUUCCUGUCCACAACAGAUUGGUACCCCAUUCUCACCCACUUAAAUCUCGAUGGCAGGAAGAAAACCGAAAAGUACCGACAGGUCCUACCUCCAGCAACCGAAGCACCACCAUAACCGUUCGCCGGCGUCUGAAAGAACUUCGAUCUCAGCUUGGAAUUCAGUCGCCACCCAGUCCCAAGCUAGAAAGCGUAUCUCCGCACAACCAACAAUGCAAUAAACUGAACCAACACCAUCAACCACCCCCGCAGAAUCCACCCCCUCUACCUCCAGCUGAAAAACAGCCCACCAAACCUCCUCGGACUUUGCAAGAGAUCUGUUCCUUCUCAACCGAAGAACUCAGCUACAUGGUGUUCAGUGACAUGAAGAUCUUUCUUUCGGACAGAGACGGUGGUGUAAGAGUGUGGAGGCUUGGUCAGCCCCCUUUGGACAGUUACUCGGGUCUGCAAGAAUUUUUUCAGCGUGGAGGUCUUUCUGCCACUUUCUGGGUGUGCAUUUCAGGCUCUGGAAAGAAGGGUCAACUUUUACACAUUCCUAAUGAACUUACGGAGGAGAGAUAUGUCCAAAUAUUGCACAAUGGGCUUCUACCUUCAGCUGCAGCUAUGUAUGGUCUGAAUGCUCACAGAUUCCUAUUUGCCCAAGAUAAAGCUUCGAUUCAAGCUAGUCCUGUUGUGGAAGACUUUCUAUGCCAGCAGCAAGUGCAGUGCGUAGAGUGGCCAGCCAGAUCUGCUGAUCUAAAUCCUUGUGAUUUACUUUGGCCGGAAGUGGAGGCCACUUUACCAACAACGCGGCAACCCCGAACAGUACCGGAACUUGUACAAAUGGUUCGUGCAGGCUACGAGAGCGUCGAUCCUGACUACUUCCAGUGGUUGGUGUCGCCCGUCCGAAUCCGAAGUUUGUGUCGCAGAAUGUUGCGAUCCCUAGGACAACAGCAGCCCUCAAAUGACACACAGGAUCUAACGAUUCCAACAACGCAACAAAAGAAACACUAACACAGAUUACUAAAUAGAAUAUGUUUUCGAAGAAAAAAAAAGAACUGUUUUAUAACUCAGCCUGUUGGAAAAAGAACUUCUGCAGAAGAUAAAAGGAAAGAACUUAUUUGUUUUUUUAUGUGCAAUACAUCAAAAAGUGUGUGCGUUUUAUGGUGUACUGCGUACAUUGUUUUCGGCCUUAAUUUGUAAGAAAGUGCUGAUCUGAAUAUUGAUAUUUC